AUGUAAUUCAUUUGGGAUGUAAUUCACGAUUUGGGAAAAUAUUUUGUCAACCGCAGGAAAAGUAAUAAACCCUAGUUUUAAAUGCAAUACAAAACCGCCUGCCCUCCUUUACAUUCCAAAAUCCUUCUCCACUACGUUGGAGGCAAAUAACCUUUUUUUCAAAAUCUGAAAUGAGAAAGAAUGAAGUCCAACAUCUCUCCAAAGCGCGGGAAGAGCUACUAUGCAUUUAGUAUUUAGAAGGAGCCAUUCAAGGAAUUCUCUCAAAUUGCCUUUGGUAUUUCCACAUUUUGCAGCGCGUUUUGCAUUUGAUUGCUGCAUUCACAGAAUGGCAAAGCCGAAGAAGAGUAAUAGACAGCAAAAUGCGGCCUCAGAGGAGGAAGGAAGUGGCUCACACCCUGAAAACGUCACCCCUGAUACUACACAAGGCAGCCUUUAUCAGGUGCUUGGAGUGGAGCGGAUUGCAUCUCAACAGGAAAUUAAAAAGGCCUACCACAGGUUGGCAUUACAGCUGCAUCCUGACAAAAAUCAAAAUGACGAGAAUGCCAAUGAAAAGUUCCAGAAAUUGCAAAAAGUAAUGUCAAUACUUGGAGAUCCAGAGAAGAGAAAACUUUAUGAUGAGACUGGUUGUGUUGAUGACCAGGACCUUGCUGGGGAUGCAGUUCAGAAUCUAUGUGAUUUUCUCAGGACGUUGUAUAAAGAGGUCACUGAGCAAGACAUUUUAGACUUCGAAGCAAAAUAUAGAGGGUCGGAGGAGGAAAAAAAAGAUCUUCUAGAUCUCUAUACAAAGUUCAAAGGCAAAAUGGAUAGAGUCUUUGAUUGGCUGAUGUGCUGUGAACCGAAGUUGGAUAACCAUCGCUUUAAGGAUAUAAUUGACGCAGCAAUAGAAGCAGGACAAGUGAAGGAAUGGAAAGCAUAUCGUCAAUGGGGUGCAGAAGUGGACAAAACUCAGACGCCUCGCAGCCCUCUCAAACGCCCAGCCAGGAAAAGGAAAGGAGCUGCUGAAGCAGACCUCAUGGCACUCAUAUCCCAACGGCAAACUGACAGGAAACAGAAAGUGGAUUCAAUGUUUUCAUCACUUGUAGCAAAAUAUGGAGGUUCUAGUGACCAACCUGAAGAACCAACAGAAGAAGAAUUUGAAGCUACACGUCAAAAGAUGGAGGCUCAGAAGCAGUCCAAAAACAAAUCAAAGCGCAAGCAAACUAAAGCCAGGUGAAGAUCUCAGCUUUGAGGACAAGUUUAUUAUGUCUAUCGGUACUAAUAGGUUGUGUUAAAGAGUUGGAUUUUUGGCAAAUAUUUCUCUUUUUAGAAAUCCAAAGUUGCCAUCUUGUUGAUAUUAUUUUCUUGUCAAGGCAUUAGUGUUGUUUCACUUUCACUUGACAUACUUCAUCCCUAGUUUCUGGAUGAUGUUGUCGAAUAUUUAGAUGUAAAGGCUGUUUGAAAUGGCCCAUAUUUGCAUGUGUCUGCAGUUGUAAAGUGUGUAUAGAGACAUUUUGCUUUGAUUAAUGGAUGCAGCUUCUACUUUAUUAUA